UAUCAUGGAGGAUCAGUAGCGACUCAGUCCGUCAGAGGAUCCGAGCACCGGGACCGUUACCGAGCACCGGGACCGUUCCUCCGCCACCGAGCCCUCGACGCACCGGCAGUAUGGACAUGAAGAAGCGGGUCAGCCUGGAGCUGCGGAGCCGGAACCCGGCGGAGAUAGCGGAGCUGGUGGUGGACAACAGCCGGUCUGGGGACGGCGAGGUGGACGGUCUCUCGGAGGACUUCCAGCAGCUGGAGUUCCUCAGCAUGGUGAACGUGGGUCUGAGCUCGUUGAGUAAACUGCCGGCGCUGCCCAAGCUGAGGAAGCUCGAGUUGAGCGACAACAACUUGUCGGGUUCUUUGGAAACUUUGUCGGAAAAAUGUCCAAAUCUGAUUUACCUGAAUCUGAGUGGGAACAAGAUCAAAGAGCUGAGCACCGUGGAGGCGCUGCAGAGCCUGAAGAGCCUGGUGAGCCUGGACCUGUUUAACUGUGAGAUCACGUCCCUGGAGGACUACCGGGACAGCGUCUUCUCGCUGCUGCCGCAGGUCACCUUCCUGGACGGCUUCGACCACGAGGACAACGAGGCGCCGGACUCCGAGGCCGAGGACGAAGACGAGGACGGCGAGGAGGGGGCGGGGCCGACUGGUGACUAUGACGAUGAGGAUGAUGAAGAAGAGGAUGAGGACGGCUCAGAGGGAGGAGAGGUGGGGCGGAGCCUCCUGGCGCCCAGGGGAGAUCAGGAGGAUGAGGAAGACUCUGCAGAGGAAGAGGAGGAAGAAGAGGUCCAGGCCGGCCUCCAGGGACAGAAGAGGAAGAGAGACGUGGACGAUGAAGACGAGGAAGACGAGGAUGACGACGACGAAGACGACUAGACCUUCGAUCGGCUCGUGGUCGUCCUCCGGACCCGACCCCCGCCAGACAGCAAUCACCGUAACCACGGCAACAACAGCAACAGGAACGCUGAUCUGAAAUAGUCUCUUUCAGUUUGAAGUAGAAAAUCACGUCUUUGUUUUUAGAUAAAAUUCAAAUAUUUGAUCAGAACUUUACCGGAAGGUUCUGAGCUGAAGACACAAGUCCCUUUAGAACCGGUUCAGGGUCAAAGCGUCUGUCCCGUAAGUCCGUCUCCCGACCCUGACCUCUGACCCUGUCCCUGACCUCUGUCCCUGACCUCUGACCUCUGUCCCUGACCCCUGACCUCUGACCCCGUCCCUGACCUCUGUCCCUGCCCUCUGACCCCGUCCCUGACCUCUGUCCCUGACCUCUGACCUCUGUCCCUGACCUCUGUCCCUGUCCCUGACCUCUGUCCCUGCCCUCUGACCCCGUCCCUGACCUCUGACCUCUGUCCCUGACCUCUGACCUCUGUCUCUGACCUCUGUUCGUAGCUUUUGUAAUGAGCAGCUCUUCCAGUCCAGACUACAGGACGUGUUCCAGCCCCUGAGCCCGUCUGAAGCAUCUGGUUACCGUAGUUACCAAAUGGCAGUUUGUCAUGUACACUCUAGAGCUGCAGAUGUUUUGUGGUAGAUCCGCCUCCUGGUCCAGAUGUUUCCACAGCAGCUGCAGCGACCUCCACAGAGGCAUGUUGUCACUGUGCAGCAGGAGCUCCACACUGCCCCCGGUGGUUCAGGUUGCAUCUUCAGGACAGAUACCUGCUCUCAUGGACAGUUCCUCCUCCUUUAGAUCAUCGCCAUGACGACGUCCUGGGACACAAAGGGUUGAAAGUCUUGUAGUCUGAACUGGACUCGCUUUGAACAUCUGAGCAGAUCCGGCUUCUCGUAUCAGGAGCUUCUUCUUCACGGGUUUUUACAGAUUCAUCUUCAUCACAUCGUUCUUCUGAGCCUCAGACCAACAUCU